AUGAGAAAUAAUAACUCAAGAAGUUCAUUUGGUAUGAAUGAUUACUAUGAUAGCAGUAAUAUAAAUCAUAAUACCAAUGUUCAAAAAACACCCCCAAAAAGUUUAGUUAAUCUUAGAGGAGGCAAUGUCAAACUAAAUCCUGCACAAACAAGUUAAUCAAGCGGAGCUCUGAAGCCUCCUAAAAUGAUUGUUGAGAGUGACAAAGAAAAUUACUAAAGAUAUGGCCCUCCUCUUUCUCCUAAUCGUGCUAAGUUUGAUGUAGAUUAAUUUUCUUAGCUUAAUUCAAAUUUUUUAGACUUGAAUAGUAUGAAUCUUGAAUAAAUAAAUGAUGAGUUAGAUAAUAAUAUGAAUAGCAUGAUAAUUUUAAUGAAUAGAAGAAAAUCGUUAAUAUAAGUGAAAAGAAAGAGAAUGCUUUUAGAGUUUGAUGAAAAGAAAGAAUUUAUGAAAAGAAUGAAUGUACCUCAACUUCAUUAGGAAUUAGUUAAUUUAAAUAGCGAAACUGAUAAUUAAUAUCUUUAAAAUCUAUUAAAUAAUACCAAUACUGCUCCUAAAAUGCAAAGGAUCAUCUAAAAUAUUGCUAAUGACAUUAAUCCUGAAGCUUAGGACCGUAAAAAGCUAGAGCUAUCAAGAAGCUCUGAUUUUUGGAAUACCAAUAAGUCUUUUGAAAAUGAAAUUGAUUCUCUUCUCACUAAGCUGAGAUUUUUCGAUUCAGAGUUGGAAAAGAGCAACAUAGAAAUUCAAGAAGUUUGCAAAAAAUUAGAUACAAUUGAAGAUAAUAUCAGAGAUUUAUUACUGCAGAAAUCAGAAGAUCAUGUUAAGAGGGCAGAACCUUUGUUUUAGCAUAAAUAAAAUCAGCAUAAUUUACUAAAGUAGCUUUUAGUGUAAAGAAACAAAAUAAAAGAUGAAAAAAUUUAAGUUAUUUAUGCAAUAAUUAAAUUGUUAAGCGAACUUAAAGCUUUGAGAUCUGAAAGAUUAGGAGAUCUAAAUGGAGUAUUUGGUAUAGAAGAUGUUGAUGACUCAUCUACAAAAAUAAACUAUUACAUUGAUUUUGUUGAUUAGCUAGAAAAUCUUGCUAAGAUUAAAGAAGCUAUGGUAGAUCUAGAAAAUGUAGAAGACGAACUAAUUAAAGAUAUUGAUACUUGCUCAAGAGAAUCAGAAGCAAUGUUCUCUGAAUUUGUAAAAAAAUCAAGCGAUGAAGCUAAAUUUUUUGCAGAUUUUGGUGAUAACUUAGCUAAAAGAAUAGGGAUGAAUGCUGCCAUUGAAUACUUUUUGGCUUAUUCUAAUUUGACAGGAAUCGACAAUUUAGACAUAAAAGAUAUACUCAAAAAAUUCAAAGAUAAUAUUGUAUUUUUAAAACCAUUAAUUGAAGAAGAUUAAGCAAUUAGAUAAGGACUUAAAAAAACUAGUGAUACUAUUGAUACUUUUGCUAACAUUUUAAGAGCCAUCGAAAAUGAAAAAGAAAGAAGGAAAGAAUUAUUGAGGAUGCUAGAAAACUGCCAAAAAUUAAAAGAUGAAGAGGAACAUAAAAAUGAGCUAAUAAGAGAAAUCGAGCUAGAGAUCACUAAAAAGAAGCAAUAAAAGAGUCACCUCGAGGAGGAUUUAGAAAAUAUAUUAGGUGAUGCAGAUUUAGAAUAAUAUAAGAAGCUAGGCAAUUUACUAAAGUAACACGAGCACGGACUUCAAUAGCUAUACAAUUCUCAAAAUAAUAUAAUUGGAGAGACAAACACUAUACAAAAAGAAUUUUUGAGGUAAAUGGAUCAAAUAAAGAACGACUAUGAUGAUAUUAUAAAGGAAAUUCUACCAAAUAACAUAAUGAGCACUCUAGAUUUCAAAAACGGAAAGGAUAUUAGAUAGGUCAAAAACUAUUUAAAGAAAACUUUUAAAAGACUAGGAAUAACUUUUGAAGAUCAAAGCGUUUGA